AUGGCCACCGCCGCCGAAACGUUCGAGAAGCUCGGCGACGGUUUCGCUUCCCUCCUCCUCCUCCUCGCCACCUCCUCCUCCCUCUCCGCCCCCCUCCUCCUCCUACUCCUACUCCCCCGCGAGCCACCCCUCCCCGAAGCGCUCCACCCUCUUCGAGAUGAUCGCGCGCGAGGAAUCCGCCGCGACGCGGCAUCCGCAUCCGCCGCCGCAGCAGCAGCAGCAGCAGCAGGGGGCGCUCGCCGGGUUCGGGAGAGGGUGGCGGCGACGGUGGCGGCGGAGGGCCCCGGCGACGUGGAGCUCUCGAUCGCCUCCGCCGACGGGGCCCGGGCCUCGCUCUCGGCGCACCGCCGCGUCCUCGAGGCGCGGAGCCGGUUCUUCGCGGCGCGGCUCGCCGGGGUCCGCGGCGCCGCGGUGGAGCUCGAGGAGUGCGCGGAUCCCGAGGCGUUCCUCGGGGUGGUGGGGAUGAUGUACUCCGCGGACGCGAGGAAGUGGCUCGCGGGGGAGCCCGUGGAGAGGGUUCUCGCACUGCUCAAGGUUUCUAUUGAUCUAAUGGUUGAUUCUGGAAUCGCGUCAUGCCUCGACUACUUGGAUUCCGUACCUUGGUCUGAGGAUGAGGAGGAACAAGUGGUAUCCCUUCUUAGUCAUCUCCCUCAUCAUAUUCCGGCAAUCGAAGUCCUACAUAGAAUUUCUAAGGAGCCUUCCGCAUCUUUUACUUCUGACGACAUUCUAAUGAGGGUUUUGGCUGCUGUCCUACAAUCGAAGGACGAGAAAGCUCGUCGAGAAAUGAAGUCCUUGUUAUCUCGGUUGCUUACCGAGGAUAAAAAACCUCACACCAACUGUGAAAAGUUUGAGCUUUUGGGAGAAGCCCUUUACCACCUCUGCCACAAAUGUCUCGAUUCUUUGUUGCUAGUACUGUCUGAGGCUGUGAGUUUAGAUAAAGCCGGACAGGAAAAGGGGCCUCUAAUGGAAAAAAUAGCUCGCGAAGCCGAUAACUUGCAGUGGCUUGUUGAGAUUCUAAUUAGUAAUAGGAUUGCCGGCGAGUUUGUCUCUCAUUGGGCUGAUCAAAAGGAGCUUGCUAAACUUCAUUCGAAGAUCCCCUGUAUGUAUAGACACGAGAUUAGCUCGAUCACUGCUCAGAUUUGUAUUGCGAUUGGUAAAGGCCACAUUUUAGUGUCCAAGGAUGUGAGGAUUUCUCUCUUAAAGACGUGGUUAGAAGCUCUUUACGAAGACUUUGGUUGGAUGAGAAGGGCUUCUAGGAGCUUUGAUAAGAAGAUGGUGGAGGAUGGGCUUUGCCAUACUAUUCUGACACUGCCGAUGGCCCAACAACAAGAAAUCUUAUUGAGAUGGUUCGAUUGUUUUCUUAACAAAAAGGAUGAUUGCCCAAACAUGCGAAGAGCUUUUGAAGUGUGGUGGAGAAGAGCAUUUGUUAGGCCAUAUGUGGGGAAUAAGGAUCAAUCUCAUUUGCAGAUUGUUGUUUGCGAUGAUCCGUUAUGAAGGUUCUUUAAUUUGUAGCUUUAAAAUGUAUGAAUUGAGUGGAAAUUCCUAGUCUUUACCUUGGCUACUUCAUGUUUAUCAAUUUGUAGAGCGGUUUUUUUUUUUUUUUCAAUUCGUUUCUCGAGUCAGUGUGAAAAUUCUGUAAGAUGCUAAAUUUCAUGUCGUUUGAAUACUGAACUUUGUCCUUCUCUUUUCCUAGAAAGUAGCAAUGGAUAUAUUGCGAGGGAAUUGAUGUGAGAAUGCACGCACCGAUCCCACAUCUCUGGCCACAAACUUGUUAUCAUUUUGUGUCGACAGCUGCAUUGUGAGAUGAUUAUUGGAAUCAAAAUUUAUGGCAACAAAGACUAGCUUUCUGCUGAAA